GGAGAGAUAAGAAACAAAGACUUUUCAACCGUAGACUUCUUCGCCGCCCUCUCUCUCUCUCUUACGCAUCAAAAAGCUACUUCUCACCUUCCCUCCAUUUUUCUCCCCAACACCCACGUACGAUUUACACAGACUUCUCUGAACUAAUUUCAUUCAUAUCCCUAAAAUCUUCUUCAAUUUCAUGAAGAAUCUGUGUCUCCUCUAAUGGCGGACUACUGUAAAUUAACCAAGCAUUCCUCUACAACUGCAACGACUUUCCUAUUCGCUUUCUUCCACCUCUAUUUUCUCUCCCUCUCUGCUUCCGGCGACUCGCCGUCGCCCUACAAACCCACCGAUAACAUACUUCUUAAUUGUGGUUCAUCUGAAAACUUAUCUCCAUUUGGGGACAACCGCACGUGGUUCAGCGACGUUCAAUCCAAAUUCUUCCCUUCCGAUUACAAUCACAAUGGUGCAUCGGUCAUUUCACGAGCCGAGACGCAAUCCUCUUCGGUCAACGACGUCCCUUACUUAACAGCACGCCUCUCCCGCUCCCAAUUCACCUACUCUUUUCCUCUGAGUCCUGGCCCGAAAUUCGUUCGCCUUUACUUCUACUCUGCUUUCUACUCUGACUUCGACCGUUUCAAAGCUUUUUUCUCUGUCAAAACUUCUCUCUACACCCUCCUUUCUAAUUUCAAUGCUUCCGUUAAUGGCGAUGAUCCUAAUUCCGGCACUAUCACUCGCGAGUUCUGUGUUUACGCAGAUGGAAAUGAUGAAAUGCUUAACAUUACAUUCUUUCCGGCAAAUCCAGACUCGUAUGCUUUUAUCAAUGGGAUUGAGAUUGUAUCCAUGCCCUUGGAUCUUUAUUAUACCCCAGCGUUGAAGCUUAUCGACCAGAAUAAUCAGUUCCUCCCAGUUGAUAACAACACGUCUCUUCAGAAAGUUUACAGAAUGAAUAUUGGUGGAACAGCCAUCUCCCCUCUUGUAGACACUGGAAUGUUUCGAACUUGGUCAAAGGAAAGUAAUUCGUUGAAUGGAUAUGUAUUCAAUGCUCAACCUGCUAACUUAUUUAUCCAACUCAAUUAUGUUAAAAUACCAUCAUACACGGCUCCAGAAGAUGUGUAUCGCACUGCUCGGACCAUGGGUCCAAAUGCUACGCUUAAUAAGAGCUACAACCUGACAUGGGAGUACCCUGUAGAUCCCGGGUUCUAUUACAUGAUUCGUCUUCAUUUCUGCGAGUUUGAGGCUGAUAUCACUGCUGCUGGUGACAGAGUGUUCUUGAUUUAUAUUGGAGACUAUAUGGCUGAGAAUAAUUUCGAUGUAUUUCCUCGGGCGGGAGGGAAAGAUAGUCCUAUUUAUAGAGAUUAUGGUGUUCAUGUGUCUAGAAGUGAUCAAAAGAAAGUGAAUCUCAGUGUUAUGCUUCAACCAAAACCAAAUGACAAUUUGACGAGAUUCUCUAAUGUGAUCUUGAAUGGUGUUGAAAUCUUCAAAUUAAACGAUUCUAAUGGUAAUCUUGCUGGCCAAAACCCAGACCCACCUCCCACUCAAUCUCUUCCACCAUCAAUUCCACAAUCGGAUAAGAAUAAACCAAAACCUAAAAUUGUGGCAAUUGUAAUACCUGUUGUGGUUGGAUGUGUGGUUGCAAUAUUGGCUCUGGGUUUGUUUUUCUUUCGACGACGAAGAACAUUUACAGACAAAGCCUCCAGUGAUGGAACUUGGUGGUCGGCUUCGUACACCACAUCCUGAAGAAAUCAAAACAAAUCAAGUAAGACCCGCAACUCAAAUCUCCCCUCUGAUUUAUGUCGUUACUUUUCAUUAGGGGAGAUUAGAGCUGCAACUAAGAAUUUUGACGACGUUUUCAUCAAUGGUGUUGGCGGAUUCGGUAACGUGUACAAAGGUUACAUCGAUAAUGGAGCCACUCAAGUGGCAAUAAAGCGGUUGAAACCAGGUUCAAAACAGGGCGCGCACGAGUUCAAGACAGAGAUCGAGAUGCUCUCGCAACUUCGUCAUCUCCAUCUCGUCUCUCUAAUUGGAUAUUGUAAUGAUGGAAAUGAAAUGAUUCUAGUCUAUGAUUACAUGUCUCAUGGAACUCUCCGUAGUCACCUAUAUGGGAAAGACGAGCAGCCUCUAACAUGGAAUCAACGUCUCCAAAUUUGUGUUGGUGCAGCAAAAGGGAUACACUACCUUCAUACAGGAGCUACUCACACCAUCAUUCACCGUGAUGUCAAAACGACUAAUAUUUUACUUGAUGAGAAAUGGAUCGCAAAAGUUUCGGAUUUUGGGUUAUCGAAAGUCGGGCCGGCAAACAUGUCCGACAAUGCGCACAUUAGCACAGUUGUUAAAGGUAGCUUUGGAUACUUAGACCCAGAAUAUUAUAGACGACAACAGUUAACCGAAAAAUCGGAUGUAUAUUCAUUUGGGAUAGUUCUUUGUGAAGUACUUUGUGCUCGUCCACCAUUGAUACGCUCUGCAGACAAGAAGCAAGUGUACCUAGCAGAAUGGGUAAGACAGUGCCACCAUGACAACACGGUGGCUCAAACCAUUGACCCGAACAUAAAAAGUGAAAUAUCACCGGAAUGCUUGAGAAAGUUCAUAGACAUCGCUGUGAGUUGCAUUGAAGAUGAUGGCAUAAAGCGGCCAUCAAUGAACGACGUGGUGUGGGGAUUGGAGUUUGCAUUGCAAUUACAAGAGGCAUCAAAGAAAGAGGGAGACGUAGAUGAUGUGGGGAGUGGCAAGAGGGAUAGAUGCGAAGAACGGUGGUUGGUGGAUGAAACAUUGUUUAGUAGUACCGGUGAUCGGAGACGCGAGUCGGGGUCGGGGGUGAGCAGUUUUGUGACAACAAGCAAUAGUGAUGAUUCAAGUUAUACCCAUAAUAAAGGAAUGUCUGGUACUGUUUUUUCUGAGAUUAGGGACCCUGUUGGGAGAUGAGAAAGAUUUUCUUUUUUUUUUUUUUUUGUUUUUUUGUUUUUUUUUUUAAUUUGCAAUAAUUACAAUGGGAGAAGAUUAUGGCAACAUUGUGGAGAGGUGUUAUUAAUUACAAAUAAUUUAUAAUGUAGCAUUUGCUUUAAAUGUUAAAUUGACAUUUGUAAAUUAUAAAUUAAAUUUUCGAAAUAUGCUAAAUUAUCUAGAA